CAACGGACAGCACGCAGGAGAGCGGCGGUUCGCGUUUGGGGGGGAAAAUGACAGAAAAAUCCGGAUAAAUGGCGAAGUUUAAGAUGAAAGUCAACCGGCACUGGCUGUUUUUGGUUUUGUUUCUUCCUUUAUCAAGUGUUUUAUGUUUCAGCGAGUUGUCUUUCAUCACAGAGCCCAGUGAUGUUACCUUACUACCAAAGGACCCUGCUGUCUUGGACUGUCAGGCCCAUGGGUUGCCUCCAGUCACCAUCAAGUGGCUGAAGAAUGGAGUUCGGUUGGCAGAAAGUGAGCACAUACAGUUUCUGCCCAACGGCUCCUUGUACAUACCAAAGAUAAAGCAUACCAAGGAGGAUUCAGAUGAAGGAUUCUACCAGUGCCUCUCUCAGAACAAAUAUGGAGCUAUCCUAAGCCAAAGAUCACGUCUGACUAUCGCAAGUAUCUCAGAGUUUGUGUUGCACCCUGUGCCUAUGGUGGUGACUGAGGGCUCAGUGGCACGAUUCUUCUGUGCUGUCACCUCCAGCCCUCCUGCCACCAUCACCUGGGAGCUCAACCAAAGCACAUUACCACUACAAACAGACAGAAUCACAGUGUUGCCCAACGGAGUCCUUCAGAUCCACAAUGUACAAUUGGAAGAUGCUGGGCAGUAUCGAUGUGUAGCAACUAACAUUGGUAGCCGUUUGAAAAGUAGAGAGGCCACUCUGACAGUUAACAAAGGUGUAAGCCCUAAACCCCGCCAGAGGCCCAGAAUCAUUGCUGGACCUCAGAAUGUCACGGUUUCUCUUUACCAAACUGUGGUGCUGGAGUGUGUGGCCACAGGCAAUCCCUGGCCCAUCAUCUCCUGGAGCCGUGCUGACAGUAAACCCAUCGAUGUGUACAACGCCAAAGUGCUGGGCAAUGGAAACCUGGUUAUCACUGAUGUCAAUUCCAAGCACAGUGGAGUCUACCUCUGCAGGGCCACCACCCCUGGAACCCGCAACUACACUAUUGCUGCAGCUAACCUCACAGUUCAAGUGCCUCCAUCCAUCGUUGAGAGGCCCGAGAGUCAGACCCGUCCAAGAGCAGGCACUGCCCGCUUUAUGUGCCAAGCAGAGGGAGUGCCCCCGCCACGCAUCAGCUGGCUUAAGAAUGGGGAAGAGGUUCACUUAAAUGGGAGGAUUAAGAUGUACAACAGUAAAUUGGUGAUAACCCAGAUCAUCCCUGAAGAUGAUGCCAUCUAUCAGUGUAUGGCAGAGAGUGAACAAGGCUCUGUGCUGUCCUUGGCUCGCCUCAUUGUUGUCAUGUCUGAGGACAGGCCCAGUGCACCAAGAAAUAUCCAUGCUGAGACCAUCUCAAGCUCUGCUAUCUUACUGGCCUGGGAGAGACCUCUCUACAAUGCUGACAAAGUCAUCGCCUACUCCAUCCAUUACAUGAAGGCUGAAGGUCUGAACAACGAAGAAUACCAAGUUGUUAUUGGCAACGACACGACCAGUUAUAUCAUCGAUGACCUUGAGCCAGCUCGAAACUACAGCUUUUACAUUGUGGCUUAUAUGCCAAUGGGAGCCAGUCGUAUGUCAGACCAAGUCAGUCAACAUACCCUGGAGGAUGUGCCUUUGCGCACCCCAGAGCUAACUCUGACCAGCCAGAGCUCCACGGAUAUUCAGGUGACUUGGCAGCAGCUGCCCGCGAAGUUGAGCCGUGGCCGGUUGUCUGCAUACAGGUUAUCCUAUCGCACAGCUGCAGACAGCUCUGUCACCUCUUUGGAGUUACCUCAAAACAGCACUGAAUACCUGCUGGAGGGCCUGCAGCCUGAUACCAUCUACCUGCUCCGCAUGGCUGCAGCCACGCGUGUGGGCUGGUGUGAGCCUUCUGCGUGGACCUCGCACCGUACACCUAAGAUCUCCAGCAGCAAAGUGCCUUCAGCCCCUGCUCUUCAACUUGAGCCACUUAACUGCACCUCCAUUGUGGCUCGCUGGCAAACUUCCCCACAAUCUGUGGCCGUCCUGGGUUACCGGCUGUGUUACCAUGAGGAAGGGCAACCAGAACAGCCCACCAUCCAGCUGCAGGCUCAAAACUAUACCUACACCAUCAGUGGCCUUGAUCCAAGAAGGAAGUAUCAUGUCAAGAUUGUGGCUAUGAGUCAAGCUGGAGAGGGCUAUCAGACAGACCAAACUAUUAGUACUCCAGGAUGUGUGUCGGCUAGAGACCAACUGGCAGCAGCCCCUCCGUCUCCAGAUCACGUGACUGUGUUGGCCAACAAUUCAUCUGCAGUGUCCCUGCGCUGGGGCCGACCUGCUUUCCCCUCUGGAAAGGCUGUUAGCUAUACAGUCCGCUGUACACCUGUGGGCACCCACAACGCCUCUGCUAUUCGCUACCUACAAACCACCAAACAAAGCGUGAUGGUUCAGAAUUUGCUUCCAAACACUCGCUAUGAGUUUGUCGUGCGUCUGCAUGUGGACCAGAUGUCGAGUACCUGGAGUUCUGUUGUUUACCAUAUGACUCCACCAGCAGCACCCAGCCAGCCACCUGCUGGAGUGCGAGUAACUCUGAUCGAGGAUGACACUGCUCUGGUGUCGUGGAGGGAGCCCACAGAGCCCAAUGUAGUGGUUACACGCUACACCAUCAUGUACGCUUCACAGAAAGCCUGGAUGGCAGGACGUUGGCAGAUACUGCAGAGGGAGGGAAGCCACACAAUGGCCCUGCUGGAGAAGCUGGAGGCAGGAAAUGUCUACCUAGUGAAAAUCUCUGCCUCCAACCAGGUCGGUGACGGGCCUUUCUCUGACAUUGUGGAGCUGGUACUGAGGCGUGGAAGCAGCCACCGCAGCAAGAACCCCAGACACUCUGACAGCUUCCAGGAUGCAACAGUGUUCUCUGACGGUCUCUACCACAUAGACCAGAGGUCCAUGACGGGGAUCAUUGUUGGCGUGAGCAUCGCCUUGUCCUGUAUUGUUAUGUGUGCCUUAAUCCUCAUCAGUAAAGGCAGACCAAGAAAAUCCUCCAGUCACAAAGUCAUUGCUGUGGGAGCUGCUGACGGGCCACAUGCUGGUUUGUCAGGUGAACACCGUAGAGAAAAUGCAGAGGCCCUUAUUCCCAUGAUCAAUCACCACUUUAUUGACUCCAAGGGUGGAUCCAAUAUGAUCAUUAAUGGCACCGGUCCAGUCAGCAGCAAGCAAAGCAAGAAGUGGCUGCUCUUCAAGAGGGAGCUCAAGAAUCCAGCUGAAAGUGAUGCUGAGCACAGAGCCAGCUUGUAUGAAACUGGCAAAACUGUUUUGAGGUAUGAGGAGCAUUUAGGUUCAGCGCCCCUGCCACCUUCGUCCCGGGAGAUCAUCUACGGACCUUAUCACUCGGAGAGCUCUCAAACAAGUGAGGGCAGCCAGGAGACGGGAGACUCCGGACACUUCUCCAACGAAGAGAGCAACGAAGAGAUGAGCAACCCUUCGACCAGCCAGAGCUCCAGACCCGAAUCUUUUGGGCCAGAUGAUGAUACCGCUGAGCUGAAGAUGUCUUUCAAAGUGGAAAACGAGAAGAUGCUGAACCUUCCCCUCCAUCACUCCGCCCCUGAUGCCACCCGGCUCUGCUGUGCCUCAGAGGGCCCUCACCCCGCCCUGCACACGUCCCAAGCAGUCGGCUCCUGACACCACCCGGCCUAGACCUGCUCUCCAGCAGCCGAAGCUACGCCACUUCUACCUCGUUUGCUUCCUGAGUUGAGCCCCUGGGUUAUUUCCUGAGGCGCAUGGGAUCAGGAAGUCAGCUGCUGCGAAGGACGAAAUGUGCUUCUGCUUCGGAUCUACCUCAGGAUUUUGUAUGAAUGUUUGUUAUAACAUUUUAUUUCCAUUUUUUUUAACCUUCUACCUGUUUGUCCGUGUUUGGCGUUGUCUGUCCUAAACCAAAGCUCACCCAUGAUGAAUGUUAAAAAGAAUGUCAGAAAUGUACUGUGAUACAUUUUCAUUAUAUUUAAUUCCUUUCCACUGGAGCAGAGGGUGUAGUCGGGCCCUUGUGACUGUUUAUCUACCUCCAUGUUCUGUUCUCGUGUAUACAUUACUACCUCCUUUUUUCGCCACAUAUUGUGCAGUAUUAUCUCAGACUCAGGGGACAAGGCGGACACAUUUCAUCUCCAUGUCUUGUUACCUCUGUCGGGGGUGUUAUUAUUUAGAGGUCCUCAUUUUUUAAAUUCUCUGAACUAUUAUUUUCACGGUUGAAAGAGCUUUUGUUUCACAUUAUUUGCCUGUGAAUGAUGUAAGUUGUGAAAAUAACAAGUGCAUUAGAUAUUGUCGAACUACUUGAGCUUUAUCACACAAUAUGGUUUGGCAUUUUCAGUGCACUGACCUCAAAGCUUUAACAUGGCCUUAAUAUCAAAAGGGCUUUGCUUACUAAAGAAGAUGAGAUCCAAAGACGGAAAAAAAUUGUACCCAAAGAGUUUUUGAUAAUACAAUAGAUAUUCUAAGGCAACCAAAAAAUAUAGAGGAUACACCUUAAGGGUGCGUUUGCCAAAAUAUUGUCCUUGCCAAUGAUGUAAAUUUCCUUUAGAACGGUGGUUUGAAUGCUUUUCGCAGUGUAAAUUUUCUUGAUGCUUUAUUCUGGUGAAAGCUUUAGCACAAGUCUCCCCCGGCUUGUGUUCCAUUUGCCUUCUAGACCAUUGCUAAGACGCAGCGGUGAUGCCGAUGCUAUUAUCCAAAGAGUUGUCUCCUUCCUCAGAUGGGUAUAUGGCUUUUCAUUCAGUUGAUCCUUGGUACUAUGAGGUGGAAAUAUGUGACACACGACCAAGGAUGCAGUUUGUGCCGCCAGUGACAGAUGAUGGUGUUUAUACUUUGUUAAGAGAAUCUUCUGUUACCACUCACCAUUAAUGCUGUACGAGGGAGAAUUCUCUUUCUCUCUCCGUAAUAUUUCCUGUCCAGGUGUGACAAUGAAGGAUUCUGACUAUCAAAAUGGAAACCCAAUGUGUGAAGAGCAACAUAAUCAAUUUUUAUAUCUUUGUAAUACAAAUAAUCCUAACCAAAGAAAUUUGAAGUCUCUGUUAUUUAGUGAUUUUCUUUGGUUUUCAUUUACAUUAUUUGCAUUUAAAUGUGAUAUAAUUUCUGAUGGUUUUAACUGCUAGAAAGGCUAUUUUUUUUUAACUUUUUUUUCAAAGCUUGAGAUAUCGAACUGUUCUGCUGUCCUUUUAUCACCAUGAAAUUUUACCUGAACGAUACUUAGGUAGGUUACAUUGGAAAUUUUUAAUUUAGAUUGUCUUUUAAGCAUGAUGUCGUAAACAAAAACGUUUCCCAAUUUUAAUGUGACAUUUUACUAAAUUAAUAAGGCUGGUUUCAAGUUCACUGUCUGUCUGUGUAAUACAUUUAUAUGAAAGGUUCAUUUGAAAGCCACAGAUAAUUUUGCUGACUUAACUCAGGUGCCAAAUGUAGAUUUAGAGUGUAGACUUGAAUUUUAAUAUUUAAGUUAUGGUUUUGUUUUUUUUUAUAUUUCUGCUUUUGAAUACCAAAAUACAUCUUUUAAUCCAAAGUGAGCA